GGACUUUUGUGUUUCCUUUUGUGUUCUCCCUCUCUCUGACCUGACCUGAACCGACAAGAGAAGCCGCUGGGGGAGAUAUCUGAGUGCCUGCUCCAUCUGCAAAAGGAAUCUUCACCAGGCGGAGGGAACGCGGUUUCUAAACGAUGACAUCGCCAGCUAAAUUCAAGAAGGACAAAGAGAUCAUCACCGAGUAUGACACACAGGUUAAGGAAAUCCGAGCUCAGCUCCUGGAACAGCUGAAAUGCCUGGACCAGCAGUCGGAGGCCAGGGUGCAGCUCCUCCAGGAUCUGCAGGACUUCUUCCGGAAAAAAUCCGAGAUCGAGAUGGACUACUCGAAGAACCUGGAGAAGCUGGCUGAACGUUUUAUGGCUAAGACCAGGAGCGCCAAGGACCACCUGCAGUUCAAGAAGGACCAGAACAUUCUGUCUCCGGUGAACUGUUGGUAUUUGCUGCUGAACCAGGUGCGGAGGGAGAGCAAGGAUCACACCACACUGAGCGAUAUCUAUCUCAACAACAUCAUCCCACGCUUUGCCCAAGUCAGUGAUGACUCCGUCCGUCUCUUCAAGAAGAGUAAGGAGAUCGGUGGACAGCUACAUGAAGAUCUGAUGAAAGUUUUGAAUGAAUUGUACACGGUUAUGAAGACCUACCACAUGUACAAUGCUGACUGUAUCAGUGCGGAGGGUAAGCUGAAGGAGGCUGAGAAACAGGAAGAGAAGCAGAUAGGCCGCUCAGUGAAGCAGGAUGAUCGGAUGCUCGGCCGCUCCCCGGACCCAGCAGCAAACAUCCGAUUCGAAGAGAAGCACCAGAGGCGGAGCUCCGUCCGAAAGAUUGAGAAAAUGAAGGAGAAGCGUCAGGCAAAAUACACGGAGAACAAGCUCAAGGCGAUCAAGGCCAGAAAUGAGUAUAUUCUGGCACUGGAGGCCACCAACAGCUCCGUCUUCAAGUAUUACAUCCACGACCUGAGCGACCUCCUGGACUGCUGUGACCUGGGCUACCAUGCCAGUCUGAACCGAGCAAUGAGGACCUUUCUGUCAGCAGAGAUUAACGUCGAGCAGUCUAAGCACGAAGGGCUGGAGAUUAUUGAAAAUGCAAUUGACAAUCUGGAUGCAACCAAUGACAAGCAGCGCCUCAUGGAGUUGUACCACACCGUGUUCUGUCUGCCACCAAAGUUUGAUUUCCAGGCACAUAUGGGGGAUGGGGUCUCCCAUCUGUGUGUUCAGCAGCCAGUUCAGGGGGAAUUGGUUUUACGCUGCCAGCAACUACAGUCCAGGUUGGCCACUCUGAAGAUUGAGAAUGAGGAGGUGAAGAAGACCAUGGAGGCUACACUCCAGACAAUCCAGGACAUGGUCACGGUUGAAGACUUUGAUGUGGCUGACUGCUUCCAGUACACAAACUCCACCGAGUCUGUCAAAUCCACCCUUUCGGAAACAUUCAUGAGUAAGCCUAGUAUCGCCAAGAGACGGGCCAACCAACAGGAAACAGAGCAAUUCUACUUCACGAAACUGAAGGAAUAUUUUGAAGGCAGAAACCUGAUCACUAAACUACAGGCGAAACAUGACCUUCUACAGAAGACUCUGGGAGAAAGUCAGAGGACAGAUUAUUCCCUUGCCAGUGGUCGAUGGAAUUCCAGUGUAAGGAAACAGGAUGGCAAUCAGAUCAUUCCUCUUGUGGUGGAAAGCUGCAUUUGUUUCAUCAGCCGACACGGUCUGCAACAUGAAGGAAUUUUCCGAGUGUCAGGAUCACAAAUUGAAGUGAAUGACAUCAAAAAUGCCUUUGAGCGAGGUGAGGACCCCCUGGCCGGAGAUCAGAAUGACCAUGAUAUCGACUCGAUCGCUGGUGUGCUGAAGCUCCAUUUCAGGGGAUUGGCCAGCCCGCUCUUCCCCAAGGAGAUUUUCCACGACCUCAUUUCCUGUGUCACAAUUGAAAAUCUCCCCGACCGAGCUCAGCAAAUCCGGAAAGUUCUCCUGUGUUUGCCAAAACCCACCAUCAUCAUGAUGCGAUACCUGUUUGCCUUCCUCAGUCACUUAUCACAGUUCAGUGAGGAGAACAUGAUGGAUCCCUAUAACCUGGCAAUCUGUUUUGGACCUACCCUGAUGUCAGUGCCUGAAGGCCAUGACCAAGUCUCCUGUCAGGCUCACGUCAAUGAACUCAUCAAAUCCAUCAUCCUGCAGCACGACAACAUCUUCCCUGGACUGAAGGAGCUGGAUGGGCCUGUGUAUGACAAGGGGGUGACAGCGGAGGAUUACUGUGAGAGCCCUCAUGGAGACCCCGCCUCUGUCGAAGAUGUUGGGCAAGAUGUUGGAACCGAACCUCAUACAAGCGAAGACGAAGGUGAGCCGAUUGAAGCCAUUGCUAAGUUUGAUUACACGGGACGCACAGCUCGGGAACUCUCCUUCAAGAAAGGCGCCAGCCUCCUGCUCUAUCACCGAGCUUCUGAGGAUUGGUGGGAAGGUCGGCAUAACGGAAUAGACGGACUUGUCCCACAUCAGUACAUCGUGGUCCAGGACACUGAUGAUACAUUCUCCGACCGGUUGAGCCCAAAAGAUGACAUUGAGCCGAGCAGUGCUCCUCCCCCAGUGGAACAGCCCCUGUGUAAAGGCAGCGUCAGUUCACCAACGGGACAUGUUGCUGAUAUCUACUUGGCAAACUUGAACAGGCAGAAGAAGAAGGCCGAGGUUGGUAGUGUCCGACGCUCUUUCCGUUCCGCUGAAGGGCCUGGCAUCGCUGGCCAUGGGCUCGUGCCUGUUCCUGCAGACAGAGAACCACAAACCUCAGCCAGUCCCCGGAGCUCCGCCCAGGUUCCCCCAAACAGCAACAAGGAGACAGCGGAUAAACGGUCAGCGAUGGUACAUGGGGGUCCCAACGCUGUUACCCGCCGGCCCUCAGCCAAUAGGGUCGACAGCCCACAGGUUCGCAAGGCGAUGGCAGCCGGGAGGUCCAAGAGCUUCAGUAACCACAAGCCCCUGGACCCGGAGACAAUUGCCCAGGAUAUUGAGGCCACAAUGAAUUCAGCCCUGAAUGAGCUCCGGGAACUGGAGCGUCAGAGUGCAGUGAAACAUGCCCCCGACGUGGUCCUAGACACGCUGGAACCCAUGAAGGCAUCUCCAUCGAUGGCUCCCACAUCGGAACCUUCCAGCCCCCUCCAUUCCCGCAUUCUGAAGGACUCGGAGUCCUCUCUGCAGAGGAGUGCCAGCUCCUCCGGGGAUAUGCCGUGCACCUUCAGGCCAGUGAAGUCGGUGAAGAUAGCAGCCCAGGUGAAACCUCCCGCUCUCAGGCCCAAACCUGUCGUCUUUCCAAAAACCAAUCCGAGCGCCCCCAGCCUCGGCUCACCGACCACACAGCAACCGACAGACAAGUCCUGCACUGUGUGAGCGCUUCUCACUGGAGUCAAGGAGUUCCUGUCUGGAUUGUUUGCGAACAGGGAAAUGGGGGACCAAACUGGCAUCUUCAAUCAACAUUGAGCUGGAGACGUGAUCAGUGUUUGGCGCAGAUUUCCACCCAGAAUGCCAAUCUGUCCUGACUUACCGUGAACUCUUGGUCUUCCUCCCAUUUCACACGAUGCAUUAAACUAGCAAAAGCCAACGUUUGCUUCAGUGUAACAUUUCAGUCUUCACAGUAAAACCCGGAACAAACCUAACACAGACUUCACUCAGUCCUUCAAACCAAAUAAACCAUAGAGUCGGUGUGUGCUCCAUCACUCUCUCCAAUGUUCGGAAAUCCAUCACUUCCCAGAUUUUUGCCCAUGUACCCACAGGAUUCAACACUUCUCCUGUGCCAUCGUGUUUGGUUAUUGAAGGAAAAGCAAAACAGCAACAAAAUCAUUUGUUGCCUUGAAGAGCAACAAUUUAUUGUUUUGGUUGAAUCUUCAUGACUGCUCCGGUGACACGGGUAUUUUGGGGGCAUUGUUUUGGCUCAAAAACUCACCACCAAAAAGUCACAUUCCCCGACAUGGAGGGUGCAAAAACCACCAGUUCUUCAAAGAAAUUGAAUCCAGGACUGGCUGUGUCCUCCGUAGCAUUUAACAUUACUUUUUUGAAGGCUGAGUAUGUUUAUAGUAUGAAACGUAAAACAAGGCUUUCCCUUUCAAGUGUCUCGGGAGCCAGGCCUUGUCAGCAGAGUUUAGCACAAAGAAAUUACAAUUGCUGCAAUUCAUUUUUAAUUUUUUUUAAUGGACUUUUAUUGUGAACAGUUCAUUGUAAAUGGUGAAUUAUAUUUUGAAAGAUUCAUGGUAUUGAAAACUGGAAAUGUUUUGUAGGUUAGCUGAAGAAAACUAUUUUUAAGGGAGAUGUUCCUGGAUCCGCUCAGAUGCUGUACUGUGAAAGAGCCACAGCACAAUCAACAGACUGGCUUCCUAAUCCCGAAUCUCUCAUCCAUUUAUCUGUGAUCUUAGAUAUGUUUAAAUUAAUUUUGAUUCUUAGUAAUUCCUUUUAUUUUGUCAUUGAACUGUUCCAGCCUGUUGACAGUAUUUUUGUGCUCAGUGUUUGACUCAUGCCUGAGAGAGUGAAUGAUGUGAUCGUGUAAAUGCCUGUGUGUGAAGAGUCGUCAAAGCUGUCACAUUUGCAGAGGGUUUCACAGCACAGUGCAGUGUUACUCUCUUUCCCUCUCUGCUGAGGUGUCUGAUCUCAGGAAUUGCGAUUGAGCUCAGUGCUUCUGGGUUAGGAGAGAGAAGCAAGCCUUAAGUCACUCUUAUUCCUUAGUCAGUGAACACUCUGUCUCCCUCCCAACUGUCCCCCCAGUGGAAACGCAGCUACGUCCUCCUGAGUGAGUGCAGGACUGGGGCUGUCCCAUGGUAGGAAGACAUUGGAACCCUCGCUGUCUGAGUGCCUGCCCCGGGUAAACAGCAGGGAAUGUGUGGGACUCCAUCUCCAGCAACUGUCAGAGUUUUCACUGCAGCUGCUGUUCCCCAGGCAACUCCUACCAGAAACCAGGACCUCCCCCAGCCCCCCCACCCUGUACACA